CGUCUGCCCCGGCGCGGCCCCACCGGGAUGGCGGUGACGAGCCGUGACGACUCAAUGGUUGCCUGGGCGCGACGCAGGGGUUCGUAGUCGAGUGCGGCGUGGCAGGUCUCUUCGAAGCGCCUCUCCUUUGGAGCCGGGGCUGUGAGCGUGCAUUGGGCGGCCGUCGGGGCCGAGAACCAUGAGCCCCGGGGGCGCGGGCAGCUCCGCAGGGCUGCUACUGACCGUGGGCUGGCUGCUCCUGGCGGGCUUCCAGUCCUCGUGUGGGACCAAUGUCACCGCCAUCCAGGAACCCCCCUUGGUCCACGAGGCCCACGAGGUCCACGAGAUCCACGAGGUCCACGAGGUCCACGAUCCCCACGAGGGCCCCGAGGCCCACGAGCCCCACGAGGCCCACGAGGGCGAAAGCGAAGGCGAUAGCGAUAGCGACAGCGACAGCGAGGACGACACCGGUGACAACGAAAGCGAAGGGGACAACAACGAGGGCCCUCUGCCUGAUAACGAGGAAGCUGGUCCGAAUAAAACAAUAGUCAAAGAAGUUGAAUUUGGAAUGUGCACAGUCACGUGUGGUGUUGGUGUUAGAGAAGUUAUAUUAACAAAUGGAUGCCCUGGAGGCGAAUCCAAGUGUAUUGUUCGAGUAGAAGAAUGCCGUGGACCAGCAGAUUGUGGCUGGGGUAAACCAAUUUCAGAAAGUCUUGAAAGUGUUAGAUUGGCAUGUAUUCAUACAUCUCCUGUAAAUCGUUACAAAUAUAUGUGGAAACUUCUAAGGGCAGACCAACAACCUGUUAUACUUGCAAAUGAUUCAGCAAUCCUGGAUGUACAAAGAGAUAUCCACCCCUUGGCUUUCCAGUGUGACACCAUGGAUAAUUCUGAAAUGGUAGCAUCUAUUAAAUUCACAGUCUAUACAUCUAAUGAAUUGCAGAUGAGAAGAUCAAGCCGACCAGACACUGAUGCAGUCCUAGUUUUUGUGCUGACCAUAGGAGUCAUUAUCUGUGUAUUUGUGAUCUUCGUAUUGAUCUUCAUAAUUAUUAAUUGGGCAGCAGUGAAAGCUUUCUGGGGGGCGAAAGCCUCUACAACUGAGAUACACUCAGAGCUGAGUUCUAUGAGAUACAAAGACUCAACUUCUCUUGACCAGUCACCAGCAGAAAUACAUGGACAUGAAGAUGAUGCUUUAAGUGAAUGGAAUGAAUGAUGCAUGGAUGACAUAUGACAAACCAGAGGAUAUUAGAGAAUAUCAGAUUUAUUAUUAUAAAAAUAAAAUAUAUACUGAAAUACUUUAA